AGCGGUCUUCGGAGGAGGUGCCUGGGGCCACGCACCCAGGACCCCAGGACCCCAGGACGCAGGAUGCGCAGGGAGGGGCCUCUGGAACGUGGAGCCUUUUCCCUGCCCCCCCUCCCCCAGCGCAGCCUGGCCUCCAGUUGGGACGUUUUGUCCAGGUCUGCAGGUGCCCGAGGCUGAGCCACAACUGUGCGUUUCCAGAAGGAAUUAAUGGAUUCAGGAAGCAGCGGGAGUUUGGAGAAUACAGUAAAUAGGGUCUGUCGUGAGUAGCUUGUUGCAUAGAUAAACACAAGCAAGAAAAUGUCUGCCUUAGCAAACUCACCCAGUAUUCUGGAAAUGCCACAAGAGAUUAAGAAAAGCUCUGGAGACAAACAAGGAGAAACCACAGUGGAGAGGAUCAAAAUGGCAAAGAGCCUCAAAGAGAAACAAAACAGUGAUUUAGAGAAAGUGGCCUUUAAGCGGAAGGCAGAAGGUGAAGAAAAGCCAAUUGGAAAGAAAGAGGCAAAGAUAAUGGAACUUGACAGCCCACUGAUUACCAUGCCUCUGCCGCACAUCCCCUUGAAGAGCAUCAUGGACGUGGAGGUGAAGUUAGUCUAUGUUGACGAGGAGGACAUUAGCUAUGAGUUUGCACAGUCUUUCCCGUUCACAGGGCCUCGGCCAAUAGGUCGGGCUGCGGAAACAGCAGGCCCUGUGCCCAUGUCUCUUUCCAAGGUUCUGCCUCAGAUUGACAAAUGGCUUCAAGUAGCCUUAAAGGACGCCAGCUCUUGCUACAGACAAAAGAAAUACUCAGUAGCAGCAGGGCAGUUCAGAACAGCACUUGAGCUUUGUAGCAAAGGAGCAGCUAUGGGAAAACCAUUUGAAGCAUCUGCUGCAGACAUUACAAGUGUAGCAAGUUUCAUCGAGACAAAGCUGGUCGCCUGCUACCUGCGGAUGAGGAAGCCUGACCUUGCCCUGAACCAUGCGCACAGGAGCAUUGUUUUAAACCCAUCCUACUUCCGAAAUCAUCUUCGUCAGGCAACAGUGUUUAGAUGUCUGGAGAGAUAUUCAGAAGCUGCCCGGAGUGCCAUGAUUGCUGACUACAUGUUUUGGCUCUGUGGAGGAACAGAACAGAGUACAAGCAAGCUCAUCAAACUGUAUUGGCAGGCUAUGGUUGAAGAAGCCAUCACCAGAGCAGAGUCCUUCUCUGUGAUGUACACGCCGUUUGCAGCGAAGAUCAGACCCGAUAAGAUAGAGAAAGUAAAAGAGGUCUUCACAAAGACUCAUCCUGCCUAUGUGGACUACAUCUACACAGACUUUCAGAGCUUCCACGUGUUGCCUCAGACAGCUGAUUGGACACCUUUUCCUCCCCAGCAAUACCUCUUGACUCUCGGGUUCAAAAACAAGGAUGAUGGGAAAUUUUUGGAAAAGGUAUCAAGUCGGAAGCUGCCAAUAUUUACAGAGUAUAAAACUCCCUUUGGUCUGCUGGCCAGAGAAGACACUGUGAGGCACAUGGAGACGAUGGGGAAGCGGAUCUUACCAAUAUUGGAUUUUAUUAGGAGCACCCAACUGAACGGGAGCUUCCCCACCUGCUCGGGAGUGAUGGAGAAGCUGCAGUACGCCAGCCUCCUGAGCCGGCAGCAGAGGGUCAAGGAGCAGGCCCAGGUGGUCCAUCAUGCCAUGGCUGAGCUUGCUACCAUUCCCUACCUCCAGGAUCUCAGUAAGCAGGAGGUGGAGCUGCUGCAGUCACUAAUGGCAGAUGCCGUGGACACCCUUGAAGGAAGAAGAGAUGAGAAAGAACAUGUGUGGAAUACCACCCAAAAGGUUGGACGAAUCGAAGACUUCCUGUACCAGCUAGAGGAUAGCUUCCUCAAGUCUAAAAAACUGAGAACUGCCAGGAGACAAAAAACAAAAAUGAAGAGGCUUCAAGCUGUGCAACAAAACUAGUUACCCGGGAGCAGAUGCUACCACUAGGAUGACCCCAGAGAGGGACAAAGGUGUCCCCCAGCAACAAAGUCAGGCACCUUGAUUGGCAGCAAUAAAUGUUCUCAGCAAGUUGCACUUGA